AUGUCCAAUAAUUCGAGUGAAUUACAAUCUCAAGAUUCUAUGACAACAAUAAUAAAAGUUAAUGAAAAUAUAAAAUAUACAAAAACUAGUUUUCUACUUGCAUUUGUUAUGUAUAUCAGUAAGAUUGCACCGAAUUUAUUAAAUUGGCCAUCUGAAUUGAAUCAAUUGGAAAUUGUGUCAAGAAUCUCAAUAUCUAAUCUUUUCAAACGAAUUGAAUAUAUUAAAUCAACUCUAGACUUUUUAUUAAAUUAUUCAAAAACUACUGAAAAUGUAAAUAGUAGUAUUACUAACAGUACUACUAAUAUACAUGAGCAUAAUAAAGCAACAAUUAUACUAGGUAAUUUAUCAUUGGAUGAUAAAUUAGUUAUGGAACAUUUAUCUGAAUUAUUAACUAAGACAUCAGAUAUUAUAUGGAUUAUUAUACAUUCAACUGCAUAUUGGAUUAUGACAUUCCAGUCAACAGUAUCAUCAUCUUGUCCUUCUAAUAAUAUUAUUGUUUCCGAUGAAUGGUUAAAUCCUCUGGUCAGAUUUACUACUUCAUUUAAGAAUUGUAUUAAUGAAUUGGAUAAAAAGUCAUAUCAUUCACAAAAUUCCCUUGGUUUAUCAGAAUCAUAUUCAUCAAGAAGUAGUCAUUCUCAUCGACAUAGUCAACGAUGUUCAAAAGAUCAAGAAAAGGCACCAUCAUCAUCAAAACACGAAAACCGCCAUCGGAAGCCACGAACACGUCAGUUAGAUACAGAUGGUCUAAUGGAUGAUAUUCUACACAAUCUUACAUUGAAUCCCUUAAGAACAGAUAUACAUGUGAGACGAUUAGAUAAGGUGGAUUAA